CUUUCAAGUACAGAAUCAAUCACUUCACAGCGGAGAAAGCGGAUCCACCUCCCGAACUGACCAAUGGCCUCACGCCGCUGCUUCCUCUCGACCUCCGCGCGUCCCUCCUCCCAUUAGGUCCCGCUCGCCGCCGCGUCUAUUCUCGCCCUCUCGCCCCCCUCGCCGGCUGCCGUCUUCACGUCCCCUCGCUCCUCCCCCUCCUGCACGGCUCCGUGACUUCCUCCGUCCCGACCUCGACGGCCACUUUUGCUGGUUUUUCUGAUUCUGGACACUGGUGCUGAGAUGGCCAAGCGGAAGCGGGAGCGGGUGACAACACACAAUGCUCUGACCAGCACCGACGCCGGUUCCCACAAGAGAACAAAAAAGAGGGAUGAAAAUUCAGAAGAAUGUCAUCAGUGUCGGAACAACACUGCAAGACAUGUGGACUGCUCAAGCUGCAAGAAGAGAUAUUGUGUCCGAUGCAUUAAGAAAUGGUAUUCAAAUUUAAUUGAAGAUCAUGUUAAGAAUAGAUGCCCAUGUUGUCACAAUAAUUGCAAUUGCAUGGAUUGUCUGCAGAGUGAUAUAAUGCAUAAGAUUGACAAAUGGAAUGUAUCACAUGAAGAUAGAAUCAAAUUUGCUCAUCGAACUAUAUACUUUUUGCUUCCUUGGUUGAAAAAACUUCACGAGGACCAGAUACAAGAGAAACGUAUUCAGGCCAUAAUUGACGGUAUUACUGAAUGCGAAGUGAAGGUUUCUCGAACUGAGCUUCCCUCGGAUGCGCGGUGCUACUGCAACUAUUGCAGGACAUGUAUUGUUGACCUCUAUAGAGGUUGCGAAUGUGGACAUUAUGAUCUCUGCCUCAGCUGCUGCCAGGAGCUUCGUGAUGGUUCUCUGGUUAAAAAGGAUAAGAAAUUGAGGGCAAAACCGAAUGGGAGUAUACUUUGCCCACCAAAGGCAGCAGGUGGUUGUCGUUGUAGAGGUCAUGCUCUUAAACUUAAGGGUAUUUUCAAAGAAAAUUUUAUUUCUGACUUACUGGAGAAAACCAAUUCAGUGGUUGACAAAAGAAUGCUAGAAGAGGGAGGUUCAAAAUGUUUUUGCCUUACCAAAUCUGGUGAGAUAAACACCAAUACAUCACGACAAGCAGCCUGUAGAAAGAACCCCAUCGAUAACUACAUAUACUGCCCAACUGCUAAAGAUGUUCAAAGUGGUGCUUUAGAACAUUUCCAGGAGCACUGGUUAAAGGGUGAGCCUGUUAUUGUCUGUGAUGUGCUUGGGUCAACUUCUGGACUGAGUUGGGAACCAACGGUAAUGCAUCGGGGCUUGCGAAAGAAGAAAAACAAGAAUGGGGAUCAGCGGCUCACAGUUGAAGCUAUUGAAUGCCUGACGGGGUGUGAGGUUGGUAUAAAUAUUUGUCGCUUUUUUGAGGGGUAUUCCUAUGGAGCCGUUGGUCCUGAAGAUUUGCCCAUUGGACUUAAGCUUAAAGAUUGGCCGCCCCAUAGCACCUUUGGAGAGGAACUCCCGCGGCACGAUGCUGAGUUUAGAUCUGCAUUGCCAUUUCGUGAAUAUACCGAUCCGAUAUGUGGCCCUCUUAAUCUGGCUGUGAGACUUCCAAAAGAUGUUAAAAAGCCAGACCUUGGUCCAAAGACUUACAUUGCUUAUGGGUUUGCCCAAGAACUGGGAAUUGGUGACUCUCUUACAUAUCUUCAUUGUGACGUUGCCGACGCGGUAAAUGUCCUCGUACAUACUCAUGGAACAAAGCUCAAACUUCAAAGGCUUACAGCUAUAGAGAAAAGGAAAGACAGUUUGCUCAAUGAAGAAAGGACUAGAAAUCUUCAAGCUUCACCAGAUCAUAGUGAUGUAGGAAUUAAGGUGGACGUUAGUCUCAUAAAGCCUGAGCCAAAAGACGAUGGUCUGCCUUUCGUAGAGGGAGACCAGCCAGAGGGUGGUGCUCUGUGGGAUAUAUUCCGACGGGAAGAUGUUGGCAUUCUAGAGGAAUAUCUAACAGCGCAUGCUGGGGAGUUUAGGAACAAUUCUGAACUGGUGAAACAGGUUACUGAUCCGAUACAUGAUCAUUGCUUUUAUCUAACAAAAGAGCACAAGAGAAAGCUUAAGGAACAAUAUGGAGUUGAGCCUUGGACAUUUGAACAAAAACUUGGUGAGGCGGUCUUUAUCCCCACGGGAUGUCCCCACCAAGUCAGAAAUUUGAAGUCAUGUACAAAGGUUGCGCUGGAUUUUGUUUCUCCGGAAAAUUUUGAAGAGUGUAUCAAGUAUACAAACAAAAUUCGUGAGCUCCCGAACAACCAUAUGGUGAAUGAAGAUAAAUUAGAGGUUAAGAAGAUAGCUAUUCAUGCACUCAGACAUGCCGUUGAUUACAUCAUUGGAUGAAGAUGAUGGCAGUGGAAUAGUCGACUCUGGGAUUCAGAAGUAUAUGAAAGGCAGAGAGAGGAGCUCAGUUAUUGUAUUAAACUUAAUGAGACAUUGCGUAUUUUGUACGACUUCAAUGUAUGGAACCUACAUUUUUGAAAGAGACAGUUUCCGGGAGACAGUAACUGCUGUUGCAAUUUACACAGCAAUUGAUCA